CUCAUGCGAAGGGCUAAAGAUUGGUGGGACUCGUAUAGUAAGGAGAUUGGAGAAAAUCGAGUUCAAACCUUGACUUGGCAAGAAUUCAAACAGCCUUUUAUCAAGUACCAUUGUCCACAAUCGGCUGUGGAUCGAAUUCAAGAAGAUUUUCUCCGGUUGCGACAAAGGGAUGAAUCAGUUAACGAAAUCACGAACACUUUCCUCGAUCAACUGAAGUUUUGUGAAGAAAUAGUUGGAACAGAAAGGAAGAAGAUUAUUCGUUAUCAUGGCAUGCUCAAAGCUGAAAUACGGGAGUUCAUAACUCCUUCAAAAUGUGAAACGUUGGACGAGAUCAUUGAUUUAGCAAGGGAUAGAGAAAUCGAGAUAAAGAGGCAAGAUGAACGUGGGGAGAAAAGGCAAGCCGAGAAGGGGUCAACUCAAGGCUCAUCUAAGAAACCCAAAACGCAAGAUCAAGGAAAGAAGGAAGCUUCCAAAGGCGGGUUCCCACGAUGCAAAACAUGUGGAAAACCCCAUUCCGGUGAGUGCUUAUUGGGAAGGAAGGGGUGUUACAAUUGCGGGCAAGAAGGACAUCCGUACUAUAACUGUCCGAAUCCCAAAAGGGUGUGCUACAAUUGUAAUGAAUCGGGCCAUGUGAAAGCCGAUUGCCCAAAGCUCAAACAAGGGCCGAAGAAAGAAGGAAAGAAAGAAGAAACCGCGAAAGCGAAAGGAAGAAUGUUUCAAAUCUCCGCGGAAGAAGCAAGAGCUCACCCGAAUGUGGUCUCAGGAAUAAAAGAAGAAAGUUCAAGUCAAUCCGGGUCGCAAGCGAAGGACGGUAAAGGUAAAGCAACUUGCUAAAUGGCGUCGCUUGGAUCGAACACCCUCAUGAUGCACGCUUCCGCAAGGAUAUUAGCUUCGGUUAAAACCUUUGUUAAAUGUACUUUUUGGUAAA